AUGGCCGCCGCACCAAAACGACAUAGCGCGAACAUGCCCAUGUGGACCAACCCCGUGCGGAGAGACGAAUCCGGGGUCCUCGUACUUUAUCCGCGAUCUCCUCAUCUCGUUAUGAUUACGAGCAGUCGGACGAUACCAACCAACGCAGUCGCGAUCAUGGCGUCGCGGGAAGAAAGGCAGCAGCCACCUCAUCGGCGCAACGACACUGGCAGCGACAAUGGCAACGACGUCCGCAACGACGGCUGCCGCUUUGCCUGCACGGCAUGCGGCCGCUCGUUCAAACGGCUCGAGCACCUGGGCCGCCACCGCCAGAGCCACCAGGCCGUCAAGCGGUAUGCCUGCCCGGUGUGCCUCAAGCGGUUUGCGCGCAGCGACAUUCUGCUGCGCCAUACACUGCUGCACCGGCCGGCGGCAGGGCCGGCGGAGCCACGCGCAGCAGCGAGCAGCGGCCGCCCACACCCAUCUGCCGCGCCCGGUCGUCCGCGAAAGGAGCGCCGACGGGCCUGCCAGGCGUGUGCCAAGGCGCACGAGAGCUGCUCCAAGGGCGCGCCGUGCCAGCGGUGUCUAGUGCGGUCCGUGCAGUGUGUCUACAGCACGAGCACGAGCACGAGCACGAUGGACGGCGGAGGGCAGGGUGGGCAGGACGGGCGUGGUGCAUCCUCUGCGGCCGAGCCCGUGCCGGCAACGACGGCUGCUACGACGUCGUUCUUUUCGGGGACGACGGCGGCAGUCGACCAAGCACGCGCGCCGUUUGUCGACGUGCCCUUCCAGGACAGCACGGCGGAAGCAGUGACGUUGCUGCUCGACAUGCAAACGGAUAUGCAAACGGAUAUGCAAACGGAUAUGCAGACGUCGAUGCAAUCCGGGAUGCAAACAGGGAUGCCUGCGGGCGACCAACUGCUGCCUGCCUACCACAACUGGGCCGCGCAGGGUCUCAGCCUGCCGCCGGACGGCCCCACACUCAACUUUUCCAUCAACUGGCUGCCGGAGAACCUGCACUCGGAUCUCGACUAUGUCUCCAUUCUAGGCCCGAGUCUGCAUCUCAUGUCGUCCGAUCUGGUGACGUCGCAACUUGAACAGCCAUCGUCGUCGUUUCCCUUCCAGCAGAUGCAUCUGCCAGUCGAACAGGCGCCGCUCCAUGCUGAUCUCACGCUCAACAACGCCAUGCCGCCGCUGCUUCACAACAGCGGAGACCGACUCGGCAGUUCGGCGUCGACCUCGCCGGUGGCAUCGCCUGUGACGGAAUCGGGCCAUACCCCCCCGGGAACCAACCGCACAGCGCGACACCUGUACACGAACGGUGCCAAUGGCGUUCGCGCCCCCUGCACGGUCCGUGACACGCGAGACUAUGUGCCGAUUCCCGGGACGAAACCGCUGCCGGCGAUCUCGGCUGGCAUGGGAGGCGGCGUCUCGGAGGCCACACGCAACCGAGGCAGAGUCACCAGUGCUCCCAGAUUACCCUCCCUCAGCCACAUCUCGGUUGCGCAUGUGCUGCCUGCUGGUGCCAACGCACACAUCCACAUCUGGCCGUCGACCUACGAACGCAUUCGACACGGCAUACGCCAGGCGUCCGGUGCCGGCAACGGCGAGAGUGCCUUGGACGACAAUGCCAUCCCCACGCUCGAGCAGACCAACUACUUUGCCCACCUGUACUUUGAAAAGUGCAACCCGGUGCUGCCCAUUCUGCACGACCACGUCGGCGCGCUCAACGAGUCGUGGCUGCUGGCCCUGGCGGUCGCCACGGUGGGCGCGCAAUACACGUUUACAGAGGAGUUUACCGACUGUGCAGCGACAUUGCACGAGAUCCUCCAGCGGGCCCUGCAGAUGGAGCUGGACGAUGACGACACGGGCCACGGCACAUGUAGUCUUGCCACCGUCCAAGCCCUCUUCCUGUCGCAAGUCGGCUUGCUGUACCACGGGCCGUCGCGUCUCAUGCGGCGUACAAAAGUCAACCACAGCAUCCUCGUGGACAUGCUGCGCUGUCACCAGCUGCUGGAACCGUCCACGCCCCGGCAGACGACCGCCUCGGCCUCUGUCGAACACCAAUGGCGCCAGUGGGUGCACGACGAGUCGCGACGGCGGCUUGGCUAUGCCAUUUGGCUGCUCGACUGUAUGAUGGUCUUUCACAUGGGCCUCCGGGCUCUCCUGUCCCUGUCCGACGCACACGCCCCUCUUCCGCAUGACGGACUGUGGGCCGCGCCGACAGCAGAGACGUGGUCCGCCAUGGUGAAGCAAACGGAAGCCAACCCCACGCUCCCGUCGGCGACCCAGCAGCUGUUUGUCGACAAACUCAUCAAGCCCGACGUCGGCGAGUUCAGCCGCAUCCUGCUGCUGCACGGUGUUUACCAGGAAAUCUGGCUGGUCAAGCGCUACUGCGACCGGCCGCUGGUCAGCUGGGAGGCGGUGCCGGACCGGGUCGUCGAUCGGGCAGUCGAUCGGUCUGUUGCCCGUCUGGAGCCAUCCGCGUCAGCGCCAGCGUCGUCGGCUACCUCUGUGGCACCGUCGCCACCGCCGUCCACGGACACAGCCUCCGGGGACGGCGACACCGCCGCCGCCACCUACUCCAACUGGCGCAAUGCCGCGUGCGACUGCAUCGACGCCCUCCACUGGGCCGCCAACAGCACGAUUGCCCAGCGGGCCGGACGCGAGCACACGACCGUGUUUCACCUGCACUUUUCGCGCGUGGUCCUGCUGACGCCCUACGAGGCCAUCCAGACGCUGGCCCGGUACCUGGCGUCUGUCGGCGCCAGCCCCAGCCACCAGUCCGCCAGCAGCAGCGUGCCGUCGCCGUCGCCGUGGCCGUCCCGCGCCGAGGGCCUGGCGGCCGAGCGGCGCGUGCUGGCCUGGGCGCAGCAGGACGAGCACAAGGCGCGGCUGGCGGUGCUGCACUGCGGCUGUCUCUUUUGGCACGUGCGGCGCUACAGCACGAACGCGUGGUACGAGCCGGUCGCCGUGUACAUGGCGGCGCUGGCGCUCUGGGCCUACAGCUCGUAUGCGCGGCAGGGGGUGCGGCCGUCCGACGGCGACGACGGCGACGACACCGACGACCGCCCCGACAACCUCGGUGACAACCUCCCCGACGACCAGUUCCCCUCCUUCAUCCACCUGGACCGCCCCAACGACGACGAAAUGGUCAUGCUGUUUGUCCGCAGCGGCCGGCCGUCGGUGAUGCGCGCGUACAUUAGCGGCAUCGGCGACAUUGGCGCGCCGCCGGCGCCCGUGCGCAUCUUGCAGGAGGGGACCAAGGUCCUGGCUAAGGUGUCCAUGGCUUGGGGACGGACGGACCGCUUCCUCUACGUGUUGACGGGCAUGCGCGCCGCCCUGACAAAGGCGGCCGAGUGA